AGGUGGCGCCGGAGCAUUGUGGGAUUGGGUGAGUUCUCAAGAUGGACAACCGGGAUGUUGCAGGAAAAGCUAACCGCUGGUUCGGGGUGGCUCCCCCCAAGAACGCCAAGAUGAGCAUGAACAUCCUGCACCAGGAAGAGCUCAUCGCGCAGAAGAAGCGGGAGAUCGAAGCCAAGAUGGAGCAGAAAGCCAAGCAGAACCAGAUGGCCAGCCCGCAGCCUCCGCAGCCUGCCGAAGCAGCAAGCUCACACAGCAGCUCUUCGUGCGCGUCCAACAAGUUCGCCAACGACGGCAGCUUCCUGCAGCAGUUCCUCAAACUACAGAAGGCCCAGACCCACACAGACGCACCCCCCAGCACGGCCGGCGCCCCUCCCAGCACGCCCACACCCACGCCGAGCACGGGCAAGAGGCCCUUGCUACUGACCAAGCGAGCGGGCCUGGGGCUGGGCAGCCCCCUGGGCCAGGGGCGCACCUACUCACACGCCAAGCGGCUGCCCGUGGCCCAGCGGCCCAGCGUCUUCCAGUCCCCCGACGAGGACGAGGACGAGGACGACGAGCAGUGGCUGGAGAUCAAAGUUUCACCCCCAGAGGGAACCGAGACCCGGACAGUGAUCGAAAAGCUGGCCCGUUUUGUCGCCGAGGGAGGCCCCGAGUUAGAGAAAGUGGCCAUGGAGGACUACAAGGAGAACCCGGCGUUUGCGUUUUUACACGAUAAGAACAGCCGGGAAUUCCUGUACUACAGAAAGAAAGUGGCAGAAACCAGGAAGGCAAUGCAGAAGCCCCAGGGCACCACGCCAAGAGUUUCACCCCCAGAGGACCAGGAGGCCAAGUCCCUUGCAGAAAAGUUGGCCAGGUUCAUAGCAGACGGGGGUCCCGAAGUGGAGACCAUCACCAUCCAGAACAAUCGCGAGAAUCCGGCUUUCAGCUUUCUGUACGAACCUGACAGCCAAGCUUACAAGUACUACCGACAGAAGCUGGAGGAGUUCCGGAAAGCCAAGGCCGCCUCCCCGGCCGCCCUCACAGCCCCUGACCCCAGCCUGAAGCUCAAGAGCCCCCCAGAGGCUCCAUCGGCCACCCCGGUUCCGGCCCUCACCUGCCCCGCCGUCCCCACGCCAGCCGCCCCCGGGAAACCGGCCUCCGCCACGGCCACGGGGAAGAGGAAGAGGAAGAGCAGGUGGGGGCCCGAGGAGGACAAGGUGGAGCUGCCGCCUGCCCCACCCGUGCAGGGGGACGUGGACGCCUCGCCGUCGCCGCUCUCAGUUCAGGACCUCAAGGGGCUCGGCUACGAGAAGGGGAAGCCCGUGGGCCUGGUGGGCGUCACGGAGUUGUCCGACGCCCAGAAGAAGCAGCUGAAGGAGCAGCAGGAGAUGCAGCAGAUGUAUGACAUGAUAGUACAGCACAAGCGCGCCAUGCAGGACAUGCAGCUGCUGUGGGAGAAGGCGCUGCAGCAGCACCAGCACGGCUACGACAGCGACGAGGAGGUGGACAGCGAGCUGGGCACCUGGGAGCACCGGCUGCGGCGCAUGGAGAUGGACAAGACGCGGGAGUGGGCCGAGCAGCUGACCAAGAUGGGCCGGGGCAAGCAUUUCAUCGGGGACUUCCUGCCGCCCGACGAGCUGGAGAAGUUCAUGGAGACCUUCAAGGCGCUCAAGGAGGGCCGCGAACCCGACUACUCGGAGUACAAGGAGUUCAAACUGACCGUGGAGAACAUCGGCUACCAGAUGCUCAUGAAGAUGGGCUGGAAGGAGGGCGAGGGGCUGGGCUCCGAGGGCCAGGGCAUCAAGAACCCCGUCAACAAGGGCACCACCACGGUGGACGGCGCCGGCUUCGGCAUCGACCGGCCGGCCGAGCUCUCCAAGGAGGACGACGAGUACGAGGCCUUCCGGAAGAGGAUGAUGCUGGCUUACCGCUUCCGGCCCAACCCACUGAACAACCCACGACGGCCUUACUACUGAGCCCCCUGACCACCGAGCACGCCGGACACGCGCAGGCGACCCUCCUCGGCUCCUGUCCCGGCCCACUCCGCCCGGCCCGCUCCCGUCACCGCCGUGUCACGAGCCUGUCGUGUAUUAAAGUGUCCGUGCUCUCCGCCACGGCCACGG